AUGGAUUUCCAAGCAGGCAUCCUGCAGGAUGGCAACCCCAUGGAGAGCCUGGAGAAGCAGCUCAUCUGUCCCAUCUGCCUGGAGAUGUUCAGCAAGCCAGUGGUGAUCCUGCCCUGCCAGCACAACCUGUGCCGCAAGUGUGCCAACGAUGUCUUCCAGGCUGCCAACCCCUACUGGCAGAGCAGGGGCAGCUUGAUUCCAGGGGGCAGGUUCCGGUGCCCGUCAUGUCGCCACGAGGUGAUGCUGGACCGUCACGGGGUCUAUGGGUUGCAGAGGAACCUGCUGGUGGAGAACAUCAUCGACAUCUACAAGCAGGAGUGCUCCAGGCCACUGAAGAAGGGGGAGCACCCCAUGUGCAAGGAGCACGAGGAUGAGAGGAUCAACAUCUACUGUGCCCCUCUGCAACCCAUCUUCCAGGGCCAGAAGACUGAGCUGAACAACUGCAUCUCCAUGCUGGUGGCAGGGAAUGACCGGAUCCAAACAAUCAUCUCCCAGCUGGAGGACUCAUGCCAGAGCACUGAGGAGAACAGUGAGGCAGCCAAGCGGGAGCUGUGUGCUCGUUUUGAUGCCUUGGUAGCACUGCUGGAGGAGAAGAAGUCAGAGCUGCUGCAGCGCAUCUCCCGUGAGCAGAGUGACAAGACAGCCUUCAUCCAGAGCCUCAUCUGCCAGUACAAGGAGCAGCUGGAGAAGUCAAGCCGGCUGGUGGAGACAGCCAUCCAGGCAGCAGAGGAGACUGGGGGGGCUGCCUUCCUCAUGAAUGCCAAGCAGCUCAUCAAAACGAUCGUGGAGGCCUCCAAGGGUGGCAGGCUGGAGAAGAUUGAGCAGGGAUACGAGAGCAUGGAUGCCUUCUCCGUGAGCCUGGACCACCUCACCGAGGCUGUCCAUGCCCUGGACUUUGACUUUGCAGAAGAAGAUGAGGAAUACUUCGAUGGGGAGGAAGAAGAGGUGGAAGAGAAUGCAGCGCCCGAAAGGACAGUGAUGG